UACAAGGCUUCUCAGCAAAAUACCCGUAUAAGCUACACGGAAAAAUAGCUGAGUGGACAUUUUAACAUAAUUCACUCAUAUUCCAACGGUUAUAAAAUUAUGUCACGAACGCUAACAACACUUGACUACGCUAAACAUCACGAGUCAACGCGGGAAAUCACAAUGAAUUUCGGUGAUCCAAAGCAAAGGGGCUCCCAGUCGGUAGCGGAUAACUUGCACAGUUUUGGAGAUAACACCUCAUUCGUUACUUCCCGUUUUAUAUGAAUGAGUUAAUUUUUUUAGCGAACCACCACACCACCAGUUGUGAAAUGUCUAAACCUGCGAGGAGACCACUCCUUUUAUAGCUGCAUUUUUCCCCGUCUCCUCUCCUUUCUCCACACACUCUCGCUCAGUUCCUGAGGGGGUGGUCUUGCAGUCAGUCAGUCAGUGGAUGUGAGAGGAGCAGAUUAGUUGCGCUUUUAUUGCGGAGCAGCUGCAACGGAAGAAAUAGGCACCGGAGAGACACCACUAACUGACCGUUUUCUCUUUCUUACCGGGUGAUGUAAAGAAAAACGGUGGAUGGAAUAUCGAACAUGGAUAGAGGGAGACUGCUGAAACUCUAACUUGUUGAUGCACCGUUAUUUACCAGUGCUUUGCUUUGAGGAUUGUCCCUGCUUAUUGGCGUAAAGUGAAGCGGGUGGAGCAGUAGUCUAUUUGUCCUCUUAUGGAGACAUAUUGCGUUUCAUUGAUUUAACUAUGCAUUGUGAAGAAUAAGUUAUGAUGACCAUUCACCUAUCCAUUUCCAAGCCAUAGCACUGUGAUUGCCGAAGCAGCAGGUUCGUUCAAAACACACCGGCUCGUUCCAACCGGUCAGCAUGGCUGCAGGAGUGGCGGCAUGGCUCCCCUUCGCCCGCGCGGCGGCUAUAGGAUGGAUGCCGGUUGCUACCGGUCCUAUGCCCAUUCCUCCCCGGGAAAAUAAGAAAUCACAAGACCAGGGACUUAUCAUCCUCAACGUCAGCGGUCAGAAGUUCCAGACGUGGAGUAACACUUUGGAACGCUACCCGGACACUUUACUGGGGAGCACCGAGAAGGAUUUCUUUUUCCACGAGGAAACAAAAGAGUACUUUUUUGACCGUGACCCUGAUAUUUUUAGACACAUUCUGAAUUUCUAUCGCACGGGAAAACUGCACUACCCACGCCAAGAGUGUAUUGCAGCUUAUGAUGAAGAGUUGUCGUUUUUUGGGAUCAUACCUGAGAUUAUUGGAGACUGUUGCUAUGAGGAGUACAAGGACCGGCGGCGCGAGAACCAGGAGAGGCAGCAAGAUGACGAGGACGAUGAGAAAGAAGAUAUAGCGCCGCCAAACAUGACCUUCCGGGAGUACAUGUGGCGGGCUUUUGAGAACCCCCACACGAGCACCACGGCCCUGGUCCUCUACUAUGUCACCGGGUUUUUCAUAGCCAUCUCAGUCAUGGCCAACGUGGUGGAGACGGUGCCGUGUGGAACCCUCCCCAACCGCGCCAAGGAGAUCUCAUGCGGGGACCGUUACGCAGUGGCCUUCUUCUGCCUGGACACGGCCUGCGUCAUGAUCUUUACCAUCGAGUACCUCUUACGGUUAAUCGCAGCCCCCAGCCGGUACAACUUUAUGAAGAGUGUGAUGAGCAUCAUCGACGUGGUUGCCAUCAUGCCUUACUACAUCGGCUUGGUCAUGACGGACAAUGACCAAGUGAGCGGGGCUUUCGUCACCCUCAGGGUCUUCCGGGUUUUCAGGAUUUUCAAAUUCUCCCGGCACUCUGCGGGGCUGCGUAUCCUGGGCUACACACUGAAGAGCUGCGCCUCGGAGCUGGGCUUCCUGCUCUUCUCCCUCACCAUGGCCAUCAUUAUCUUCGCCACUGUGAUGUUCUACGCAGAGAAGGGCUCUGCUUCCACCAAGUUCACCAGCAUUCCUGCUGCUUUCUGGUACACCAUUGUCACCAUGACAACGCUGGGAUACGGUGACAUGGUACCCAAGACCAUCGUGGGGAAGGUGUUUGGGUCCAUCUGUUCUCUGAGCGGGGUGCUGGUCAUCGCCCUGCCUGUCCCCGUCAUCGUGUCCAACUUCAGCCGUAUUUACCACCAGAGCCAGCGGGCAGAGAAACGACGAGCUCAAAAGAAAACCCGGAUCGCUAAAAUCCGUGCAUCGAAGAGCCAGGGCACUACCGCGUAUAUGCACUACAAACACUACAACGGUCAUUUCCGGAUCCAUAACUCUCUGGAAGAGGCGUCCAAGGAAGCAGGACAGCUCCUAGUGGGAAAACCCAACAUUCCCUUUGAGAGCCAUCAUCACCACCUUCUACACUGCCUGGAGAAGACCACAAAUCAUGAGUUUAUUGACGAGCAGACUUUCGAGACCAACUGUAUGGAGGUAACCAUGGUGAACAAAUCCGGAUCUCGAGCCUCGUCCCUGUCGUCGUCUCCCUCCGGCCUGUCGUCCUGCUGCUCCAGACGACACAGGAAGAAGAGCUCCAGUCUGGCCAACUGUAACAACCAGGAGCUUUCCACCAUCCAGAUCAGAGAGAGGCCUGUGGUCAACAGUCGCUCCAGCCUGAACGCCAAACUAGACUCUGAGACGGUGCCGUUGAAGAGCGAGCCCUACAUCACCACCUCCGUGGUCAACCUGCGUCCCGCCCCUCUCCCAUUGGUGACAUCAUCAGACGGUGACGGAUCCACCAGCUCCACCGUCAAUUAUUCUCAGAGCAACAUUGUCAGAGUGUCGGCCUUGUAGAUGUCAACUGUCAGUCAAGGUCUGUUUGGCUGACAUCAUGGAAAACUGUUUGGCUAACUGGUCUCAAAGAGAAACAGCAGCAGGAGAGAGAGAGAAACCACUAAUUGAUUGGACUGAUUGGCGGACGGUCAUCCUGCCAGAAUCGCGCUAAUUUCCUGCAAUUCUACACAUUUUGCAAUGUCAAUAAUAUCUGAGUGAUGACUAACAAAAUCAAUGGGGGCCCCCCUGUAGGUCAGGGCCCCUGGACACGUGCCCUGCGUUCCUGGUCGGUAUUCGGCCAUGAUUACUACACGUUUAGAUACCGUAAAACUUCAAGUAAUAGCCUAGCCGUUUAUUUUCUUAAAUCACUGAACACAACAGUCGCUUACUUUUCCUUGACAGGAUAAUUAUUCUCCACUUUGAAUGUGCAUUUUCGGUAGUUCUUACUUUCGCCACGAGAUCAGACGAUUUCUAGGGGUCUAUACUCCCAAAGUUGUUGACUGUUUUUAUGCUUGCCAGUAAGGUAUCAGUCCUCAGCUGUUAUCAGCCAAUGGCUAGCAGUCCUCAGCUGUUAUCAGCCAAUGGCUACCAGUCCUCAGCUGUUAUCAGCCAAUGGCUACCAGUCCUCAGCUGUUAUCAGCCAAUGGCUAC